UGGGGCGGGGCGAGACCGAGGGUGCUGCGGGAAGCUGGGUGCUCCGUGCUCCCUCCUGGUUCCCGGAAACCUACACCUGAGCUUCAGAAGAUCGAGGGGACUGGGACCCUAACCAGAUUCAGACCCAACAUGGCUCAGUGGGAGAUGCUGCAGAAUCUCGAGAGCCCGUUUAAGGAUGAGCUGCACAUGCUCUAUAUAGACAGCCUCCUGCCGAUGGUUGUUCGGAAGCACUUGGCCGUCUGGAUUGAAGACCAGAACUGGGAUCAGGCUGCACUGGGCAGAGACGAGGCCAAGGCUAACUUGCUCUUCUUUCACUUCCUGGAACAACUGACCAACGAGCUGGGCAGCUGCAGUUCGGACUCUCAGUGCAUGUUGCUGAGGCACAAUUUGCGCAAAGUGCAUCGGGAAAUCCAGGCCUUGCCCAACGCCAAUAUGCAGCUGGCCGAAAUGAUCUUUAACCUCCUUCGGGAAGAAAAACAAAUUUUGAUCCAGGCUCAGAUGGCUCAGUCGAAGCAAGAAGAGCCAGUCCCCGAAGCCCCGGUGGAGAGACGGCAGCAUGAAAUCGAAUCCCGGACGGUGGAACUAAGGACCAUGAUGAAGGACCUGGAUAAAGCCAUGGUAGACUUGAAUACCCUGCAGAGCACCUUCUCCUUCCGCUUCAAGAACCAUAAUCAAGUGAAGAAGUCCCUUCUGAACUCGGAGCAUGAGACGCUGCGUCAGAUGCUGCAGCAAACUGCCAAUGCACUGGACAGAACUAGGAAGGAGGUGCUGGAUGCCUUCAAAUCCCUGCAAGGCCGAUUAACCACCCUGGUUGACCUCCUGCUGCCCAAGCUGGAGGAGUGGAAGGUCCAGCAGCAGAAAGCCUGUAUCGGAGCCCCUCUGCACUGUGACUUGGGGCAGCUGGAGCAGUGGUUCACAGCUGCAGCCAAGAUGCUGUUUGACCUGCGGCAGCGGCUGAAGGAGCUGAAGGAGAUGAGUCUGGAAGUGCGCUACUCUACGGACGCCGUCCACAAAGGGGUGGGGCUGCUGGACGCCAGCGUCACCGAGCUGCUGCAGCGGCUGCUCCACAGGGCCUUUGUGGUAGAAACCCAACCCUGCAUGUCUCAGAUGCCCCAUCGGCCCCUCAUCCUCAAGACGGGCAGCAAGUUCACCGUCCGAAUAAGGCUGCUGGUGAGACUUCAAGAAAGCAAUGAGUUACUCGCCGCAGAAGCCUUCAUUGACAGGAAUCCUUCGCAGUCGCAAGGCUUCCGGAAAUUCAACAUUUGCACUUCAAGCCAGAAAACUCUGACCCCCGUGAGAGGAAAGACUGAUGGCUUAAUUUGGGACUUUGGCUACAUGACUCUGGUGGAGCAGCGUUCAGGAGGCUCAGGAAAGAGCACCAGUAAGGGACUGCUGGCUGUGACUGAGGAACUGCACAUCAUCAGCUUCACGGUCAAAUACACCUACCAGGGGCUGGAGCAGGAGUUGAAAACGGACACCCUGCCCGUGGUGAUCAUCUCGAACAUGAACCAGCUCUCCCUUGCCUGGGCCUCCAUCCUCUGGUUCAAUCUGCUCAGCUCCAACCCCCAACAUCAGCAGUUCUUCUCCAGCCCCUGCAAGGCGCCCUGGAGCGCGCUGGGCCAAGCUCUCAGCUGGCAGUUCUCCUCCUACAUCGGCCGAGGCCUCAACCAGGAGCAGCUGCACAUGCUGAAAAACAAGUUGUUCGGGAAGAACGUGAAGUCCGAGGAUGCGGCGCUGUCCUGGGCUGACUUCGUGAAGCGAGACAGCCCCCCUGGCAGACUGCCAUUCUGGAUAUGGCUGGACAAAAUUCUGGAACUGGUGCACGAUCACCUCAGGGACCUCUGGAAUGAUGGAUUCAUCAUGGGAUUCGUGAGCCGCAGCCAGGAGCGCCGGCUGCUAAAGAAAUCCGUGUCUGGCACCUUCCUGCUCCGCUUCAGCGAGACGUCAGAAGGGGGCAUCACCUGCUCGUGGGUGGAGCACCAGGAUGAUGAUAAAGAGGCCAUCUACUCGGUGCAGCCGUACACCAAGGAAGUGCUACAGAGGCUCCCGCUGACCGAGAUCAUCCGCCACUACCAGCUGCUGACCGCGGAGAACAUCCCCGAGAACCCGCUGCGCUUCCUCUACCCCCGAAUGCCCCGGGAUGAGGCUUUUGGUCGCUACUACAGGGAGAAAGUUGACCUCCAGGAACAGAAGAAAUACCUGAAGCACAAGCUCAUUGUGGUUUCUAACAGACAGGUGGAUGAGCUGCCACAGCCGCCGGAGCUGCUGCCGGGUCUCGAAGAGGUGCUGUCAGACCUGGAUGUGGAUCUAGCUCCCGAGCCAGGGCCUGGGGUCGACCUGAAUCUGAGUCCCUUGCUGGAGUCGGGGCUGGCCAUGCAGCUGGACCAGGAGCUCCUGUUAAGCAUGCCCAGCCUGAGCCUGGGCGCGGGGCAGAACGGGGAGCCUCUCCCACAGCCCCCCGUGGAGCCAGAAUUGCCUCCUGACCUGAGAAACGUGAACACGAAGGGCAUGGAAGUCUUCAGAAACAUGAACAUCCACGAAGUCCUGACCAACGGCGACCCGUUAUUGUCGGAACAGACCAGCAGGGACGAGGCCGAGGACGGCGUGCGCUCCAACCAUUUCUGCACAGCGGGACUUUGAUUCCUGCCGACUUCUAGGAACUUUGGGCCACUGUUCUUCUCGUAGCUUUUGCCCCUUCUCUCCCUCUGCCUCGUGAUGUUGUUCUCCAAAGGAGAGAAAUCAGGGUGUCCCCCCUUCUAAGCUGGGUUGGAGAGAGGGCUCAGAACGAUAUACAGUAGGUAGGGUGUUUGCCUUGCACAUGGACCUGUAUUUUAUCUCUGGCAUUCCCUGUGGUCCAUACGGGCUGGAGCGAUAGCACAGCGGUAGGGCAUUUGCCUUGCACGCUGCUGACUUGGGUUCGAUUCCUCCUCCCCUCUCGGAGAGCCCGGCAAGCUACCGAGAUUAUGGAGCCUGCACAGCAGAGCCUGGCAAGCUACCCGUGCGUAUUGGAUAUGCCAAAAACAGUAACAGUAAGUCUCUCAAUGAGAGACGUUACUGGUGCCCGCUCGAACAAAUCAAUGAGCAAUGGGAUGAUAAUGACAGGGUGUUUGCCUUGCACAUGGACCUGUAUUUUAUCUCUGGCAUUCCAUUUGGUCCCCUGAGUACCACCGGGAGUGAUCUCUGAGUACUGAGUACAGGGCAGCAAGCAAGUCCUGAGCACUCCCAGAUGUGGGGGAAAAAAAUUUUUUUUUUUUUUGAGAGAGAAAGACUUCAUUCUCUUCCUGGAAGGGCAGAGAUGGUAUAGCGGGUAAGGCAGUUUCCUGGCAUGUGGCAGACCUAGAUGAAACCCCCAGACCACAUAUGCCCCAAGCUGGCCAGGAAUGAUCCCUGAGUGUAGGGCCAGGACUAAGUCCUGACUGAGCACUGCCGGGUGUGACAAAAACAAAACAAAAGACAACAAAAAAACCUCCUUCCCCUCGCUCCUGACUCCAGUGCAGCAUUUCUUUGUUUCCUGCAGGAACUGAGCGCGUUUGCCUCAGCCCAGUAAUGUGAAGCUGCCGCCACGUGAAGGGGCAGGUGGCAGGUUCUCUGUUCUCACCACUCCCCUUCGGGGCUACAGCCAUUCCUCCCCUUCAGAUGCAGUAGCAUGCACUUGCCUCGCGCAUGGCUGACCAGGAUGCCACCCCCGGUUCAAGCGUCAGAUGGUCCCCUGAACACCGCCCGGAGUGAUUCCUGAGCACCAAGCCAGGAGGAAGCCCGAGCGCUCAGGGUGUGACCCCAAAGCAAAACUGUAGCACUGUAGCCCUGUCGUCCCGUUGCUCAUCGAGUUGCUCGAGCAGGCACCAGUAACGUCUCCAGGGUGAGACUCGUUGUUACUGUUUUUGGAUUAACAAAGCAAAACAACCACAGGAAAACAGUCAAACGCUCCUGAGAAUCCAGGGGACCGGCGCUGCUGUGCACUGUCACUUCCGCUGCUGGUCUCCAAAUCCCCAGUUCAGAAAAUUUCUCGUCUCCCAUUACCUGGGGACUUGGGGUGAGAAUUUAGGCAUUGGUCUGUCGAGUGCAGGAUAGAAUUUGGUAUUUGGACUCCGAGAGGCCCAGGAGCAGCAGCCCAGCACUGAGGAAGUAGCUGUGAGCACCUUUGGGUGCAGCCUCCAAACAGAACUGGAAAAAAAAUAUGGAUUCCCUUUCUUCUGUGCAAUAUAUUAUUUACCUAUUGAAGGGCUUCUGUUCCUUGGGUGUGGACCUGGGCAGAGACCAGCUGCCAGCAUCUGAGGAGCGAGCAAAUGUAUCAUGGGACACUGGGCUUGUGUCUAAGUGGGCACCAGUAACGUCACACCUUAGAUGCCUUGGACUGCUGCCUUUCCUCUCUGGGUUAUGCUUCUACUGUAACUGGAAAUGUCAGUUUCCUGCCUGGUGUGUCCAAUGACCCGUUUAGAGACAAAACAGAAGCAGCUAACAAGCUUUGCACUAGAGCCAGAGCUAUAGUACAGCAGAGAGGGCACUUACCUAGCAAGCAGUCAACCCAGAUUCGAUCCCUGGCACCCCAGAUGGUCCCCCGAACCCACCAGGAGUAAGUGCUGAGGGCAGAGCCAGAAGUAAGCCCUGAGCACUGCCAGAUGUGGCCUGAAAAUAAAAGUAAAUAAACUUUGUACUAAACUUUAA